ACCACAAAACGUUUUACAUUCGCUCGACCGAGCUGCGAGGCAUUUGUUUCAGAAAUUAGAGAGCAUUCGGUGUUGUCGAUCGUAGUAGUGUGUACGCGUUAAACUUGUUGAGUUAUAUUCUUUAAAAAAUUUGUUUCGAAUUUUUGUACAGCAGCUUGACUUUUUCAAAGCUGUUUACAUCUAUUUAAAUUAUACUUCGUUUAAAGUUAGAUACCUUUCAAAUACCUUUCAAAAUGCUUAAGACUGGUAUAUAAGUUUGCUUCUUCAGAAGGUACUGUUACUAUUGGCAGUACCUGCACAGUUUUUUUUUUUUCUACCCUGGUCCCUGGUGCAGAAAAGUUUCUUGCGGAAUUAAUAGACCUAAAACACCAUGGCAGAAGCUCAUUCGGCUGUGGCAUUUUCCUUCGCAAUAACUCACGAUGGCUGGGAUGUGAAUUUCGACCGUGAAGUCCUCUACCUAGUUUGGGAAUCGGGUGUUCGAUCAUGGAAGAAACGUCUUGCUCGUUUUAGGAACAAUGUACUGAAUGGCGUGUACCCAGGUCAUCUGCAGUCACUUUAUGUGCUGUGGACACUACUUGUAGCUGCCCAUUUCAGUAACUUCAACAUACCAUUUGGCUUAGUUGAUAAAAUGAUAACAAUAAUGCCAAGCAAUUCAACAUGGGCCCAGGUAGUAGCGUGCUUCUUAGUAGCGCUCACCAUGUGGUUUAUCGUUAUAUUUUUGAUGAGAUAUCUGCUGAAAUUACUGCUUAUGUACAAGGGUUGGAUGUAUGAGUCACGUGGUCCCGGUGCUAAAAUAUCGUUAAAGACCAAACUGUGGGUGAGCGUCGUGAAAGUACUAUCCGGAUGGAACAAACCAAAGUUGUACAGUUUUCAAGGCUCUUUGCCCAGACUCCCUCUGCCGGCUGUUGAAGAUACUAUGAAUAGGUACCUACUCAGUGUCCGACCAUUACUUGACAAUGAUAAUUACAAAAGAGUGGAAAAAUUAGCUGUAGAAUUCAAAACAAAAAUUGCGGUUAAACUACAGAGAUAUCUGAUACUCAAAUCUUGGUGGUCUAGCAACUACGUAUCGGACUGGUGGGAGGAGUAUGUUUAUUUAAAAGGUCGCUCACCCCUGAUGGUCAAUUCCAAUUUCUAUGGAACAGAUGCUAUUUUAUUGAGACCUACACAGAUACAAGCGGCCCGUGCGGGCGUCAUCAUCCACCUCUGCUUAAAGUUCCGUAGGCUUAUCGAUAGUCAAGAAUUGGAACCCAUAAUGCUACAAAACAUGGUUCCCCUGUGCUCCUGGCAAUACGAGCGCCUUUUCAACACGGUACGCGCGCCUGGCAUCGAAACCGAUAAACUUGUGCACUAUCAAGACUCCUCGCACAUCGUGGUUUAUCAUAAAGGCAAAUAUUUUAAGGUGUUGGUUUACUUGAGGGGUCGUCUGUUAAAACCGGCAGAAAUUCAAGUGCAAAUACAACAGAUACUGGACGAUAAAUCGGAGCCGGCGAUCGGUGAGGAGAAACUGGCCGCACUAACCGCCGGAGAGCGAACGCAUUGGGCCCAAAUCCGACAGACGAUGUUCAAUCGCGGCCACAACCGUACAUCCCUGCAUUGCAUUGAGCGCGCUGCCUUCACGGUCAGCUUGGACGAUAUGGAAUAUGGCUACGACGAGACCGAUCCAAAGAAGCUGGAUGAGUUUGGUCACGUGCUACUGCACGGUAAAGGAUAUGAUCGUUGGUUCGACAAAUCCUUCAACUUAUGUUUUAGUACUAAUGGCUUCGUUGGAUUCAAUGCGGAACACAGUUGGGCCGAUGCGCCUGUUAUGGGUCAUCUUUGGGAAUACGUUAUUUGGUCUGAACUUGAAAUAGGGUACCAGCCGGAUGGCAACACCAAGGGCACUAUUGUUACUAAUCCGCCAGCGCCAAUACGUCUCCAGUGGGAGUUAAAUAAAGAAGAAAUAUUAAGCGCCAUUGAUAUUUCGUAUAGCGUCGCUCAUAAACUCCUCAAUGAUGUAGACCUAAGGAUUCUGAUGUACACCAAAUAUGGAAAAGGUUUCAUGAAGAAAUGCCGCGUAUCUCCGGACGCAUUCAUUCAGCUGAUUCUCCAACUGUCUUACUACCGCGACGCAAGCCGUUUCUGUCUCACGUAUGAGGCGUCUAUGACCAGAUUGUUCCGCGAAGGUCGCACGGAGACAGUAAGAUCCUGCACCAUUGAAAGCACCGAGUGGGUCCGCGCCAUGGAAAAUCCUAACAGUAGUAUCGAAGAGCGCAUGGCGUUAUUCAUAAAAGCCAGUAACAGACAUCAGCUCGGCUACCAAGACGCUAUGGCGGGUCGGGGCAUCGACCGCCACCUUUUCUGUUUGUAUGUCGUCGCUAAAUAUUUGGAACUCGAGUCGCCCUUCUUGCAAGAAGUCUUCAAUGAACCAUGGCGUCUGUCCACCAGCCAAACACCCUACGGUCAAACCAGCCUCCUGGAUCUGAAAAAGUAUCCUAAAUGUGUAAGCGCGGGUGGUGGGUUCGGUCCCGUCGCGGAUGACGGCUAUGGUGUCUCGUACAUCAUUGUCGGUGAAGAUACUAUAUUUUUCCACGUCUCAAGCAAGAAGAGCUGCCCAAUAACCAGUUCAACGAACUUCGUGAAGCAAAUCGAGAAAUCCCUUCACGACGUUCAAACAUUGUUUAAUGAUUACAACAAACUGAAGAAAACCAACAAACCGAUAACAGACUAAUUCAAAUAUGUCGCUUUGAUAACCAACCUUGUAUCAAUUUAAAUAUUUUUCACAUUUUAUCUAGAAUUCAUACAAAAACAAUCUCCACAGUGUUAUCCUAUUCUAAUCUUUUGAAAACAUAAAUAUUCUAAUCAAUUUCAAACUGAAAUAGUUCAACGAAAGGCAAGGAAGAUUUGUUCAGAAUCAUUAAUUCUCGACUACAUUUAUAGUGAUAUGUUGCAAUAGCAUUUUCAAAAACAGAAUUGAGCUAAUUAAAAUUUGGCGCUAAUAGUACAUGUUUAUUACCCAAUUUCCGAACAAUUUAUAUUACGUUAUACAAAUCUAUUUAAAUCUAUACAUAUAUGCUAUACAAAUCUAUUUAAAAUUAGUUUUCUUUUUUGCCUUUUCAUAUAUAUUUUUAAAUUAAUACAACAACACAAAAUAGAAGCGAAUAACUUAAAUUAAUACAACAACACAAAAUAGAAGCGAUUAAUUUAAAUUAGUCUGCACUUUGUUUCGUAAUGUAAGUUUUUAAUUAUUUUUCUUUCUUAUUUUAAAACGUGUUAUCUGUAUUUUAGAUUUAAGUAAACCACUCAAAGUAUAGUAGUAUUUCAUAGUGGAUUUUUUUCUUUGCCUGCUUUUUGUUGUUGUUGUUCCGUGAUGUUUUGAAUGUAUGCUAUUGAUGUUGUCUUUCAAAUGCCCUAACAAAAUAGGCACCGAUUUUAAAGAAUUAAACAUUUCUACAAAUUUAGUCCUGUUUCUCAAUAUAAUUUUAAUAAUCGGUUUACUCUAUGGAACUGUGGAACAAUACUCGUUAAGAAUUAUCUUGAAUAUACUUUCAUCAUUAAAGUGAAACGACAAACCACAUUCUAGAAUAUUCCACAGCAGAAGAACGUACGUACGAUUUUUAUUCAAGUUGCUAAAUAAUAAAUAGAGAAACAAUAAGGCGUUUAAGUGAAAUACAUUUAAGACAUCGCGAAAUAUCUAAAAGUUCUUUUACCAAAACUCAUUCCUUAUAAUAAUAUAUGCUAUAGGAGUUUGCAGAUGCGUAAUGUGUAUAAAAACAAAAUUCAUAUCCUUAGCUGAAUAUACGAUACGAGACUAAGUUAUUGUCGUCCAAGUAAUGAAGACUGUUUCUACUGAAUUUUAUAAAGAGAUCUAUAAUUAUUUUAUAAAUUUUAUAAACUCUGUUACAAAUAUUAUCAUUUCAAUAAAAUUACAAACAUUGUUAGUUUAAAUCUAAAUACAAUUUGAUCCUUACUAAAUUUAAACCAUUUCUGUACCGCAAAGUUAAUUAGGACGACAGUAAUUCAGCUAUUGAUAUAAAAUUUAAAAAAUGGACAUAAUCUACCGACAGAAUGACUGGUCCUUCAGAAUAUUCUAGAGUCACCAUUCUCCUGGCCUUUCCCCCAUCACCUUGGGUCGGCGCAACAUGUUUUUUCCAUCCAUAUUCGUAUCAUAUUCGCUCACUCCCCUCUCACACCGAUCAUUUUUCACGCAAUCCAUCCAUGUUUUCUUAGGCCUACCUCUUCCUCUAAAGCCUUCCUUCAUACAUUCAUACCUAAAACUCUCUUAACAACCUCAUUGUCAUUUUGUCUCGUUACAUCUCCAAACGCGCACUUCUCUACUUCUGUCACAGGUGUCAUUUUCAGACUUUUCCUAACAUAUUCAUUCCGUAUUCUAUCCAUUCUCGUUACUCCACACAUCCAUCGCAAUAUUCGUAUCUCUGCUGCGCCUUUCAUCCACCACUUUAGUAGUUCAACAAACUGAUCCAUAUAAGACUGCGGGCCUUAUUAAAGUCUUAUAUAUCUUCACUUUUACCUGCCGCCAUUUUAGCUGCGUCAAUUCUGUGCCUCAAAGUACGAUCCAAUUUUCCUUUGCUUUGGAUAACGGACCCUAGGUAUUGGAAGUCUUGACGUACUAGCAAUGGUGCUCCGCCGAGAGCAAUGUGUGUAAAAUUGAAGAGACCUGCAUCGCCAUUUCUCUGGUAUUUUUUGCCGACGAGCACUAUGCCAAGUACAGCACUAUACCAAGGGGUCUCUUCUUGUAUUUCCGACGACAAGGCACCGAUACCUAGUAGGAAGAGAUAGCGCUUGGUGUAAGCCCACCGCCACAUUGAACUCGUCGGAAUUCUCUGCGGCGGUUCGUACUUACGUCCCGGAUCGUUUGUACAUGGCACAGAUUAACCUCACAUACUUACCAGGUAUACCUUUAUCAUUCAAUGCCAACCAAAAAAUUGCUCUAGAUACCCGGUCGUACGUUUUUUUCCAGAUCAACGCACACCAUAUGCAGAUUCCUGUGCACAUCGCGACUUUUUCGCACAUUUGGCGGAGUGCAAAUAUGGCGUUUGUUGUCCCGCGAUCAGACACGAACCCGAACUGGUUUUGAGUGAUCUCACUUUCAUCUCGCAAUGGCUUCUCUAUCACUUUCUCCCAAACUUUCAUCUCGCAAUCGUUUCUCUAUCACUUUCUCCCAAAGGUUCAUCUCGCAAUCGCUUCUCUAUCACUUUCUCCCAAACGUUCAUCUCGCAAUCUCUUCUUUAUCACUUUCUCCCAAACCUUCAUCUCGCAAUCGCUUCUCUAUCACUUUCUCCCAAACGUUCAUCUCGCAAUCUCUUCUCUAUCACUUUCUCCCAAACGUUCAUCUCGCAAUCUCUUCUCUAUCACUUUCUCCCAAACCUUCAUCUCGCAAUCGCUUCUCUAUCACUUUCGCCCAAACUUUCAUACUAUAUGAUAUAAGCUUUAUUCCCCGAUAGCCGUCACAGUAUUGCACAUUCCCUUUAUUUUUGUAUAUGGGCACCAGAAUACUGGUGCUCUAUUCCGUAGCGAUCACUUCUUCUUGCAGCAGCGUAUUGAAGAAUAAAGUCAGCAAUUUCUAUCAGUCUUCUCCCAGUUUCUUCAAUACUUCCAUACCGUAUACCGACUGACCCUUCCGAUUUUUCGUUUUUCACACUUCUCACUGCUUCUCUAACUUCAUAAACGCUGAUUUCAUUUACAAGCCCCGACGUUCUCUGUCUUCCUAUUAAUCACCCUAUUCUAGUCAUUCUCCUCAUUCUUUAAUUUUUCUAAGUAUAUCUUCCAGCGCUCUGUUACUUCUUUAUCUUUCGUUAGAACUUUACCUGUCUCAUUUUUCAUACAUCUAACAUGCUUAAUCUCUUUCGCUCUUUCUUCACUAGCUCUUGUCACACGGUCAAGUCCUUUUGUCCACGAGAUCCAUCUAAAUCGGCACACAACCGUUUCUGAGCAAUAGAUCUGGCUAUAGCGACCGCUUUAGUGGCCUUUUUUUCAUUCUCUUAAGACUCAUUCUCUUGGUUUCCCUUUCACUUUCAUUUCCUCUUUCUAGUUGCCAAUUUUUAAAUGCAUUCUUCUUUUCUUUCAGUUCCUUCUGUAUAUUCUCAUUCCACCAACAUGUAUUCUUGUCUAUUAUACCUUUCUCUUUUGAUUCGCCGAGCACCGUCUUAGCUUCCUGUCUUCCUGACAUUAUUUGCUAUUUUAAUCCGACAAUCGUCGGUAGAUUUCUCUUUUAUAUCCUUCAUUUCUAACACGUUUUCUAUUCUUUUCUUCUUAAAUCGACUAGCACACUCAUCUGUCUUUAGGGACUUGGAUCUUGUCUUAAUGUCCAUCAGUAAUAGUCUAUGCUACGUCACCAAUCCUUCUUCCGGUAGUACCUUGCUGUUUUUGACACAGACCUACUUACUUCUUCUAAUCAGCAAUUAGUCAAUUUGUGUCGCGUGGUUACCACUCUUAUAGGUGAUAAGGUGUUUAGGACUUUUCUGGAACCACGUAUUCACCACUGCCAGGUUAAAGGCGGUCGCAGCUUGGAACAACUGGUCCCCAUCAUCGUUGCGGCUCACAUACUUCCAUCCUCCAUGCACCCUUUCAUAGCUCUCAUUUGUAACUCCCACAUGUCCAUUAAAAUAACCUCCUAUACAAAUCUCUUCACUCUCUGGAAUUCCAAUCAGAAUACUAUCAAAAUCCUGCAAAAACUUUUCUUCCACGUCCUCCUUGUAUCCGGCUUGAGGCGCGUACAUACUUAUAACAUUCAAAAUAACACUUUCACAAACUAGUUUCACUGUUAUUAUCCUAUCACUCACUCAUUCUUAGGACAUGCGCCACGCAAUCUUUCAAAUCCUUAUCUAACACUAUUCCCACAACUUUCCUUUUUCCAUCACUUCCUCUAUAAUACAACUUAUAUCCUUCACCAAUCUCUCUAGCUUUCGCUCCUUUCCACCUAUUCUCUUGAAGACAUGCUAUACUUAUUCUUCUCCUCUUUACACAUACGCUAGCUCCCUUCCUUUACCAGUUAUAUUACCCACGUUCCAGCUUACCUACCUCAAUCUCACCUCUCUCACAUUUUAUUCCAGCUUAUAUACCUCAAUCUCACCUCUCACAUUUUAGACUUGCGUCUUACAUCGCAUCCGCUCGUGAUGCGACAACCCCCAUCUAAUUUCCACAGAGACCGGGUGUUGCAACUGCGCGUCGCCUGCUGGGGGACGCCCUGGCCCUUUCAAUUUUCUUUUUCGCUUUUUCUCAUGUUGCUCUAAUUUUUGCCAUAAUUUUUAUGACCGGCCGUCUGCCUGACGCCAACCCUCCUUGGAAUUGCUUUUAUUGACCUUUGGCCUAGGUUGGCUUUGGUCAGGCUUUGGUUCUUAGUCGCCUUCUACGACACCCAUGAGUUAAGCUUGGUUUGGGAGUUUUCUUACGCGCCCACCACAAACACAAAAUACUCAAGAAUAUUCGAAGCCAAAGAAACUACAUUCUUAUGUAUGGGAAAGAUAAUAUGGGAACUAAGAAGGGCGGAUCAAAAUUUCGUAAAACAUACUUUUAUUAUUGCUCCCCAACAAAAACAUCUGCAAACUUCCUUAGCAUAUCAAAAUUAAAAAAUAUGUCAUUAUUAAAAGGGGUUUUGGCAGGUAAAGUGUUUAAACAAUGCAAUUUUUUUUGUUAGGUUAAGUAUAUUGCUAAAUAUAAUAUAAUAAUAUUAAGGUGGCAGUUUUCAAAUGAAUAUAUUUUUUGUUGUUUUUUAAAGAAACGUGUACAGAGACAGGGUUCAAAGUCUAAAGUUGUUAUCCGAAUAAAUGUAACCAAUUUUUAAUAUGUCUACCAAAAUAUAUUUUUUAUACUCUAUAACCAUAAUAGUCAAUGAAAAUAUUAAAUUAUAUCUGAAUACUCUCCUUAAAAGUUAUACUCGAAUACAUAAAAUGCUAGUGUUACUUUUUUGAUAGAAAACAUAAAAAAUGUAACCCUUUUUCGCACGGACGAUUUAAAAACGUUGUGUUAAAACUAUGCGUUGGCGCUUUUAUAACAUUCUCGAUGUGACGUAAUCUGUAACGCACAACGCUUAGCGUUCAAAAUGCAACACUGCGCGAUAAAAAACGUCGUGUUUUAAAAGCGCUGACGUAUGAACAUAUACUAGGAAAUGCAUCUGUUCUAUUUGAACGCUUUUAACGCGUGCUAAAAAAACUCCCGUGCGAAUGAGGCCUUCAUUUACAAAAUAAGCAUACACCGCAAUAUGCUUCCGAAGCCUGCGGAUGUUUCUUGAAUUGAUUAUUAAUAUCUGGAAUUAUAAAAAGAGCUUAAAACUAUUUUAGCUGAAAUAUUCAUUUUGAAGACAUUUUUAACGAAACUGAUGAGUACAAAGAUUAUAGUGCCUAUUUUUUUCUCUAGUAAUAAAUGGAUCAUUUUGUAUAUACAGGAUUAAAAAGAAACCUUACGUUAAUUAUUCGAGUAAAAUAGCACGUAGCUGGAUAUUUUGAACAAUAUUAAAAUGCAAAGGAAUACAUGUUGUAAUUAUUUAUUCAAAAAUUGCAUUUUGUUUUGUUUUGAUUCCAUUUAAAUUUGCAAAAAUGAAAAAAAAAAAAAUUAGGUCAUUUUAAUUCAUGAUUACAUACUUUACUCAUGUUAACUGUUUGACGCUUGUUAUUUUUAUUAUUUGUAACUCAGUCUCUGACGCAAAAAUAUAUUAUUAAAUCAUUUAUAAAUAAAGCAUAAUUUAUUUUACGUCCAUAUUAACUUUAUGAAUUACGUAUUUCUGUAUAUUGUAAAAAAGAUGAAAAUAUAAAUUUUGCUUUUAAAUGCAUUUUAUGAACUGUUUGUAUAAAAAUAUUUCAAGUUUCCAUAAAUCAGUUUUGUAAUGUUUUUUUUUCUUUUUUUCUUUUACCGUAUUUUAUCUUGUAAAGUAUUUAUUGUACGCAGUCAAUAAGAAAUUUAAUAACUGUUAUUUAAAAACAAAUCAUGAAUACUCUGUGAAAUAAAAUAUUUUUUGUCGUUUUACUUA